AUGAGGAGCUGGAGAUGGGAUUUUGUUGGGAUCCUGUUUCUCAUACUGUCGGUAAAUGGAAUUGAAGCUUGGAAGUUUAGUAAAGCUCAACACGAACACACUGAAAGAAUUUCUGGUAGUGCUGGUGAUGUGUUGGAAGAUGACCCCGUUGGAAGGUUAAAAGUUUUUGUUUAUGAGCUCCCCAGCAAAUACAACAAGAAAGUUCUGCAGAAGGAUGCACGAUGUCUCACCCAUAUGUUCGCUGCUGAGAUCUAUAUGCAUCGUUUCCUAUUAUCAAGCCCUGUUCGAACCCUCAAUCCUGAGGAAGCAGAUUGGUUUUACACGCCAGUAUACACAACAUGUGACCUUACUCCUAAUGGCCUCCCAUUACCCUUCAAAUCACCACGUAUGAUGAGGAGUGCAAUACAGCUGAUUUCAUCUAACUGGCCAUACUGGAAUAGAACUGAGGGCGCUGAUCACUUUUUUAUUGUGCCCCAUGAUUUUGGUGCUUGUUUCCACUAUCAGGAGGAAAAAGCCAUUGAAAGAGGUAUUCUCCAUUUGCUUCAACGAGCUACCUUGGUUCAGACAUUUGGGCAACGUAAUCAUGUUUGCUUAAAGGAAGGCUCCAUCACAAUACCUCCAUAUGCUCCUCCACAAAAGAUGCAAGCCCACUUGAUUCCUCCCAACACCCCUCGUUCCAUUUUUGUUUAUUUCAGGGGGUUGUUCUAUGAUGUAGGAAAUGACCCUGAAGGUGGCUACUAUGCAAGAGGUGCCCGAGCAUCAGUAUGGGAGAACUUCAAGGACAACCCUCUUUUUGACAUUUCUACUGAGCAUCCAACUACCUACUAUGAAGAUAUGCAACGAGCUAUUUUCUGCCUGUGUCCAUUGGGAUGGGCUCCAUGGAGUCCAAGAUUGGUUGAGGCAGUUAUAUUUGGUUGCAUCCCUGUCAUCAUAGCAGAUGACAUUGUUUUACCCUUUGCCGAUGCAAUUCCUUGGGAAGAUAUUGGAGUGUUUGUAGCUGAGAAAGACGUUCCUAAGCUGGAUACAAUACUCACUUCAAUCCCGACGGAAGUGAUACUGAGGAAACAAAGAUUGCUUGCAAAUCCUUCAAUGAAGCAGGCUAUGUUGUUUCCACAACCAGCUCAAUCCCGCGACGCUUUCCACCAAAUUUUGAACGGACUCGCCCGUAAGUUGCCCCAUGACAGCAGCGUUUUCUUGAAGCCUGGUGAGAAGAUCCUGAACUGGACUGCUGGCCCUGUGGGUGACCUGAAACCUUGGUAG